UAACUAUACCUCGCCUACCCGACGUCGCACACGCACUCACUCGCUCACCCGCUUAUCCGCUUGGUGUUCACUCUUUUUUCACACACGUAUACAUCACGCGCACGCACACACCGUACCCGAAAAAAGUGCAUGGGAGAGGCGCAGCAAACCGAACCGCGCGCGAAUCAAGUGCUUUGGCCAGUCGCGUUCCCAAUCACUCUACGACUAGGUAGUCUCGGUGUCCAAAAGCUGCUGGUGUCAUCUCUUCAUCCACGAUCCUCCCUCGAGUUCACCAACCACCGCGCUACUCACGUUUUACCCAAGUCGCACAAGUUAUACGAGUAGUCAGUGAUUUAUCAAUCGAUAUCAUCUAUCGAAUUUGUUUUUUGUUAGUUUUAUUAAAAUAAUAUUCAAAUAUUACGGACUUGGUGUUGGUGGAGAACAACGUGGUGUUUGAGAUUGAUCAUCAAUUGUUGAGGAAAAAAAAAAAUACCAAGUUAUCAAGAGAGGAAGCCACGCGUAUGCACGAUUUUAUCGUCGAGACGAGUAGGAGGCGGCGAACAAACGGCAUACCGAAGGAAGAGAGAUUAAACACGAGGACUCUAGUUGCUUCGGUGACCGGUGGUGAUUUGAGUGAGAACACAAGACUGAAAGAGAGUUUAUGUGACGAGACUGUGACGUUAUUGACUAGACGAUAAAUAGAUAAUUCAAUAAUAAAUCAAGUGUAUAAUAAGAAUAAAAAGACGUCAAUAGCAUAGAAAUAUUAUAAAUAUAAAACACCUCGUUAUUUGGAUUAUUACUAUAGUCUUAGUGUGCAAUUGCAGCACAUAACAUUUUCAUUGCCAUGGACGCAAACUUAAACGCAAGUGGUCUAAUACUACACGAUAUCCUCACGAGCCACAAGACAGCCUAGACAAAGUUGAAGAGACGAACGCAGCAGAGGAAAGAGUUGUGAAGAAAUUAAGAGCGAGAAAGAGUGUGAAGGAGAGGAGGCGGCGGCGGUGGUGGUGGAGAAGAAGAAGCCUCAACUGCAGACAUAGACAAGUCCAACAUCGUGUGUCACACAGAGAGUCGUCAUAUUUGUCGACUUAGCACCACGCAAGGACACCGCAGGAAGCACACACUUCACUUUGCGUCGACGAUCAAGGUGAAUAAACAUAACGAUGGUAGAUACGCAACAUUUUUGUCUGCGAUGGAAUAAUUACCAGAGCAGUAUAACGUCCGCGUUUGAGAAUCUUCGGGAUGAUGAGGACUUUGUAGAUGUCACGUUAGCCUGCGAUGGAAAGAGUCUCAAAGCGCACCGCGUUGUACUCUCUGCAUGCAGUCCAUACUUCCGUGAACUUCUUAAGAGCACACCGUGCAAACAUCCGGUGAUAGUACUUCAAGAUGUAGCGUUUAGUGAUUUACACGCUUUAGUAGAGUUCAUUUAUCAUGGAGAAGUAAACGUUCAUCAACGAUCUCUCAGUAGUUUCUUAAAAACUGCUGAAGUUUUAAGGGUGUCUGGGCUUACGCAACAAACAGAUUCAAAUGAACGAGAUGAGUUAUCCCAAGUGCGUGCGUUAGCGGCACGUACUAACCAUGUACAACCCCAUGAUAAACUGUCGGAUGAGGGUUUUCCAAGAGGUGGAUCCCCACCAACACCGGUCACCCCAACUCCCACGACGGUACAGCAAUUGUUACGCCGAACACAAAUACGUAGGAAUGAAAGGCGCACACCUGAUGAACAUGAUGAAUCGAUAAAGAGAUCCCGAUUACCUUCACCACCGCUCAAUAACAACGAUGCAACACCAACAGAUUUUUCCAUGGUUAAAAAUCACCUGUUAUCUAAGGUAGAAGGCAAUGGUUUGCAUGACGAAAACAGUCGUAUGGAAGAGAACAUCAAGUGUGAGCCACUGGAGUUAACUGGAGGGAAUGGAGGUACUGCAACCCACAACGAAGACUCUUCGGACUCUGGGGCAGCAGCUUCUGAUCGACCACCGGCAUCAGCGAGUAGUAACGAACACGAGCAUGAACCUGAACAUCCGUCAACGCCAAAUUUUCUGCCAGAAAGUAAAAUAUUUCCUACAACACCGGGGAGCUUUAACUUCACCAUGGCCGCACUUACUACGGAACACAAUCCAUUGUCAGUAAAAUUUUCAGGGUUAAGUCAUGGACUGCAGACGCCGGAUUUAGCAGGAACUUCGCAAGGUACAGGGAAUGGGAUGCAUCCAACGACGACGCUUCCCACAAACAUGUACCGAAUGCCACCGCCUACUGCAGGCGGCAUCAACGAGCCACAAGAAUGUCCCUACUGUCGUCGUACCUUUUCCUGCUAUUAUUCAUUGAAACGUCACUUCCAGGACAAACACGAACAAUCAGAUACUCUGUACGUGUGUGAGUUCUGUAAUCGUCGUUAUCGCACGAAAAAUUCACUUACGACGCACAAGAGUCUUCAACAUCGUGGUUCGAGCGGCAUGCUCAAGAGGUUACUCAAGACUACAGCUAUGAAGAGUGUCCUCGCACAACACCCACCGAUGCAACAGUUGCCUCAAUGAAAAUGGUGGUCUGUUCGUCAUUGCUCUCCUACUGUUAGUAGAACACUUAAUGGUCGUUAUCACACCAGUUACCGUCAUUAUUGAAUCACUGGUAACAUUAUUAUAAUUUAAGGAGACAAUACGAUCGGAUGAAAAUUUAGCUAAAACUUAUCAUGAUCGUCAUUUGAUUAAUUAUAAUCAUUUCGUGAUCUCGGACUCGUCUUGCGAUUGAUCGUUGUUUUGGACAAUCAAUGGGAGUCGUGUUAGCUCAGUCAGUAAAUUAUAAAGAAAAAAAGAAAAUACAUAUGUAAUACUGUCAUGAGUGUUCUUUUUAUGAAAUUGGCUCAGCGUAUCGCCUCGCUUUCUAUUAUUCAAUUCGACUUUUUUUUUCAUAUUCGUCAAGACUGCGUUGAAUCCAAAGAAUGGGGACGAAUUGACUGAGAAAUUAAAAUAAAUUUUACGUAAUUAAGCUUAACCAAAAUAUUAUUAAUCGAUCGGGAACAUUCCAGAAUGUUAUUAAGAGGCAAAGAAAUCGAUAUAAAUUAAAAUAUUUUUUUUGUUAUUAAUAGAAAAAAAAAAGAACUGAUUAAUCACCGAUCGAAGAAAAGAUUUUAAAAAAAAAAUAUUUAUGUAUAAAAAGAAAAAAGUAGAUGUGACGAAAAUUUUAUUUAAUUUGUGGAAAUGAGAUAAUUUUAAUUAUUAUUUUUUUAAUUAAAGAAAAAUGGCAAGUUUGUUUUUUAAGCACUUUCGUUAUGAAUAUGUGCGUUAACGCGUUAGGGAAAGCAGGAUAAUGAUACUGGCGUGAUAAGUAGACGUCUCAAUCCGCAAUUACGAGAGGUAGAGACUAGUAAAAGUGACUCGUAUAAGAAAUUUAAAAAAAAAAAACAAGAAUUCUUAAUUGCACGUUUCAUUAUUUACUUUGAUGUUCAUAAAAAAUAUAGAUGUACAACAAAUUGAAACGUGCAAUAAGAAAUGAAUAAAUAAAUGCAAAUAUGAUGUUAUAUUAUUAUAUAUUAAUAAGUCAAGACAAAUUUAGGAUAGCCAUAAACGUCUUAGGCCUAAGUGGAAUUCAAUUACGAAAUCUAAUGUGCUCAAGUUCCAUAAAGUCUUACAAAUAAUAAAUAAAAGAUAACAGUGGCAGAUAGAUAAGAAUAAAAAUAUUAAAUACUAUGGAUUCAUACUUUAUAAAGGUCCAUCACACAUGCAAAUCACAGACUAUAUUUUUAAUUCUAUAAAAAUAAUAUUUUGAACUGUGUACAUAUAUACAUACAUAUAUAUAAAUAUAUAUUAUAUAUAUUAUAUUCGUACAAUAUUAAUUACAAAUAAUGUUUCUAUGUUUAAAUUUUCUGAAGGUAAAAAAAGCACUACCUUACAUUCAAUCUGAGUACGACAUCAGGACUCUUUAUAUAUAAAUAUAUAUAAUAAAUAUCCUCCUUUUUCUUAUAGCGACAGAUAUGUCAGAUAUAUCCAUUUAAUUUCACUAUUAGCUCUAAUUGUUACUAGCAUUUUAUCAGGAAUCACGUCCCGAUGUCGUGCAUCAUUUUUUAAACGAGUAGACAUAACAGAAUAAUCUGUUUGAUCUUUCUAUAAAACUUUUUCAUUUCUACCAAGAGUUUUUUACUCAAUAUCAUAUUUAUCACUGAAUUCUGUUGAUGGAACUUUUGGAAAUUGACUACUUGAUCACUAUUACAUAUAAGAAUGAUUUAUGGUAGCAGUGGAUUUUUUUCAAAUGAUUAAAGAGCUUUUAUAAAUAUUUAUCAAGCAGAUUAUUUGUUUGAAAUAUUUCCCAAAAUAAUCCGUACUGAAAAUGGUACAAGUAAAAAAUUCUAACAGUUCUUUUUGAUCGUAACAUAUUCAGGUGUGAAACUCAGAGGUAAAGCACAAAAAAUUGUGGUUUUAUCGAAUAUUAAAAAAAAAAAUAAAAAAUGCCAUUAUUAUUAAUGAGCAAGUACAAAUAAUUAAGAAAGAGCAACUAUAUUAGAUUCCGUAGUAAUGAAUGAAAAAAAUGUGUGAAUUUAAAAAAAGAAAAAUGAAAUUAAUUCUAGACAUAUCGAUUGAUUACGGAGUAUACCAUAAAAUUAUACGAUUUAGAUAUAAGUAUCUCCACGGAGUUCACUUUGACGACGAUGGAGUGCAAAUUUGUGUCAAAAUUUUUUUUAAGUCGUCUGUAUAAGCUCUAAAAAAAUUUUUGAAAAUAUUUGCAACUCAACAAGUUAUUAUCAAUAAUCAUAGUGUGAAUGACGAAUGAAAUUAAGAAAAAAAGAACGAAAAAAAUGUUUUUCUAAAACCAAAAUUAUCUUUAAUUCUUUCAUGCCAAAUUUAUUUUUGACUUUUAUAUAUAUUGUAGAUGUAAAAAAAAAAAGUAAGCUCAAAUAUGGAGAAUUAUAUCCUAGUCACAUUUGGACUCUUCUGUGAUACUGUGAUAAAAAAAGGGAGAGUAAAGUUUAAAAGACACGAAAAAAAAAUUCUUAGAGCUAAUGAAAUUUUCAAAAAGUUAUUUCACACUAUGAAAGUCAUCGAAUAGUUGCAAAUAUUAUACAUGAUGAAGAACAUAUUGAUUAUAUCGAAAAGUUCUGUGAUGUUUUUUGAGUUGCUUGCACGAAAAGGGCUGUAUUCAAAAUUUUAAUAAAUAGUAUGUUAUACAAAACUUAUAAAUAUACUAUUUAAGAAUUUUCAAUAUAUAUUUUUUCGUGGGAGUUUGUCUACUAAAAAAAAAUGAUAUUAGUCAAAGGUAUACGGAUUCGAAUUUAUCGUAAAUGUUGUGAAUUUGGUCGUCAGAAGAUAAAAAUAUUUCUGACCGACUUGAUUAAAUUAAAAUAAUUAAAUAAUGGAAAAUUAAAUCAGUAAAAUGUCUGCUUAGUUUGUCCUAACUUAUAAUUAUUUUUACUAAACUUUCAUUCAAUGAUUAUUUUUUAUAUGUGACUUUAUUAUUUUAAGACUAUAAUAUUUUAUCAAAACUUUAAGAGAAAAAAGUUCUUUAAAUAUGAACGAUGAAUGAAAGUAAUUAAAAUGUUUUUUAAAGAAAAGUUUAAUUUUAAUUGAGUAUUGGAUGCAGACGUUUUGCUACUUUUGAGUGAACCAAAAAAUUAUAAUGUGCCAACGCAUUGAGAAAUCUGACGAAAAUAAUAAGUAAUUAAUGUAAAAAUAGUUAUCGAAAAAUAUUAUCACACAUUAUUAAACAUUACUACAUUUAUUUUUUUUGUCUUAUAAACUUUAAGGAGGACUGAAAGAGGAGAAUAUUUUAAACAAUUUUUAUUUGCACUCUUUCGUAAUAAUGUAAAUAUGAAACGAAAAAAAUAUCCAUAGGAAUAAAGAGAAACUUCUACUAUAGACUGGUAUCAAGCUCGUUAUGUAAACAGAAAAUCUUUAUUGAUUAACUGUGGAAAAAUGGAAAUCAUUGAUGCCACUUAUAUAGAAUAAAGCAUUGAAGUAUUCAGUUGUAAAUUGAGAUGAAUAUCAUUGCGCCUUUGUGUUAAAUGUAUACUUGAUGCUUUGUGAAGAAUGUAAUUUCGAUAUGUCAACCGAUUUAUCUGGAAAAAAUUGACCGGAAAUCAGGGAUAAUUUUUGGCAUUAAUAAGUUUAUUUCGAAAACGUUAUUAUAAGAUUAUCAAUUUUCUUCCAAAUUAGUAAUAAUGCAUAAGUAAAUUUGAGAUAUUCCACUUCCGGCAAUUUUCCUUCCACUGUGAUCAGCAAUUUUCGAUUGUCAGCGUUUUUUAAGACUAUUGUUUAUUUUUACUAUAAUCGAAAAUUAUAAAAAUAUAAGGAAAGGAAAAAAUGAACAUUGUUACACUCUUUUGCUCGACAUUUAUCACGAGUUUGUAAAGAGUAUAAAAUCUCAAUUUAAUUUUUAUCGCGCUGUGAAGGAAUACAUUUGUUACGUGUGAAUUUAAUUUCAAGAAGGCUGAUUUUUAUAAUUUUUAAAUGUCAGUGUAAUUAGACAAAUCGAAUUUAUUUUGACUUGUUUCCAUUUUCGUUUUUUUAAAUUAGGAAAUUUAACUUAUUAGACUGCUCCAAUUGGUUUCAAUUUUGUUGAUCAUGUGAUAUUGUUUUACCAAAGAAUGCUACAAAAUUAAUUUAAAAAAAAUAUUUAUUUAGCAAGAAAAACUGCAAACUGAUCUAAAUUAACAAUAUUCAAAGCUUGAUGAAGAUUGAUUUUAUUAUAUCAAACGGUUUUAGGUUUUAAAAAAAUUUUAAAAAUUAAAAAUAAAAAUGAAAAAAGAAACAAGCUAAUAAAAGCGUUGAAUAGUAAUGGCAGAAUUUUUCUUUGUUUCUGAAUCUUCUUGAAAGAUUGAGGAAUUUUAUUACAGCAAAUUAGAAGAGAAAAAUUAAAAUUGUCGAACAUAGGAGAAAGACUACUUAGAUUUAUUUUAUAAUGUCUUCAAAAAGACUUAAAAUAUAAUAUUUAUAUUGUGCCAUAACUAUUAUUAAUAACUUUUAAGUAGAAAUUAAUUGUUACAAAAAAAAUUCUUAAAUUUAUCAAAUGGGAAAAUUGCAAAACAAAAUUAUUACUAGCUAUGAAUAAUCAUUGCGAAAAACUAAAAAAAAAAAAUCUUGUUUUUUCAGAACGUUCAUCACAAUUUAGUAAACAAACUCUUUAAAUGAAAUAAUUUCAUUAUUGUAUGUUAAUAUUUUCUCUACAAUAAUUUUUUUUUGCUUUCCAUAAUCAUCAAAAGCCUAUGCCUCAUUGUAACAUGAAAAAUUUCUUUUCUUUUAUGAAAAAUUAUUUGAUAAGCACCAAAGUUUGUGUUCGUACGAAAUUAUUAGUUAAUAAGUUGGUGUUUUAAUUAUUUUCGAAAAAUUAUUUCAAAUGAUUUUCUUCAAAAUAUUAGGAUUUUAAUUAUUAUUUUUCUCAUCAAAAAAUAACUGUAUCAUGAUAAAAAAAAAAUUUGUAAUUAGAAAAUAACUCAUUUACACUCGAUGUAUUUACUACAUGAUUUCAUGUGCAAUGUAAAUUACAAUAACAAUUCUGAAUUUAAGACUUUGAUAUUGAUCGUCAAUAAAAUGUCGGAAUUGGCGUAAUUUUGUUAUAUGUAGAAAAACAUCGAGCGUAAAAGUGCGAAAAUGUGAUAACAGUAAAUCGAUAACAAAAAAAAUCAGUGAUGAAAUUGUCGACCACUGCCGCACAUCAUUGAAAAAUAAUUUGAAUGCCCUUUUUUUUAUCAGCUACUAGAGAAUUAAUAACAAUAAUACUAAGUAAUAUUAGAAGUUUUUCUCCUCUGUUCAUAUUUAUAAUUAUGAUUUAUAAAUAAUACUUUUUCAUGUUAUUUCAAUCCAGAAUGUUUUUAUGAUCAUAUAUUAUACGAUAGUUAGGUAUCGCAUUGCACUUUUUGUACUGUAUAUUUUUCUGUAUUUGCAAUAUUCUUUAUAUAGCAUUUUUUUCGUUUGUUUUUCCUACACACACUGAUUAAUUUUAAUUAGAUAUAAAUUUAGACACAUCUGUUUAAGCAGUUUUUACAUAUAUAUCAUCACAAGAUAUUGCUAAUAGCAGUGAAUCCUAAUGAGUUGAUGUUUGUAUCUGAAAUAAUUAAUCACAAAUACUAAUUGCAAUGAUGUUUCUGAUGGACCAUGUAUAUUUAUAAUACAUUCACGCGGGCAUAGGUAUUUUAAAAACGAAUGUAUUAUCAUUAUACAAUACAUAACAUAUUUUUAUUAAGGGCUAUUCAAUGUACGUUAGUUCAUUGAUGUACGAUAUAAAAAUUACGUAACAACUUUUACGUUACGUUAUCAUUUAUGUACAUACGUAUACAUAUCUAGACAUACAUAUUAUGAUAAAAUAAUAAUAUUUUUUAAGGUACUCCACUAGUUUUUUUCUCGCUAUUACGUCCGUUGUCGAAGUGAUUGUUGAAAUAUGUUUAUGACGACUUGACAAAUGCUUAUAAUUAUUAUCAGCGUAUUAAUGUGUUAUAUUAUUAAUUAUUAUUAUUGAUAAUUAUAUUCUAACUAUCUUCAUUAUUAUUAUUUCUAUUAAUAUAAUUAUUAUUAUUAUUUUUAUUAUUACAAUGAUUAUUAUUAUUAAUAUUAUGAAUUAUUAUUAUAUGAUUAUAGUUAUUAUUGAUGUUUAUGUUGAUUUCCUAAAUUUCUUUACCUUAAAUACAUGAUAAACUAAAAAUUUAAUAUUAUUCCCGUUUAAAAAAUCAAUUACGUUUGUAAUCGUUGUGGGAAAUUUUUCCCAGAUUAAAUAAUAAAAUAAACAAUUUUUAAAAGCCAGGAAAAGUGGUUAUAUAAAAAAAUUUGAUAAUUUUCUGAUUAUUUUCUUUGAAUAGAAAAAUUUGGUACAGAUACAGUCAAUGAUUUAUGUAAUUCGUCCACAUAUUUUCCGUGAUAAUUAAUGCUAUCGAAGUCAAGGGCUGGAAUGUACGAUUCUAAUAUGUAUUCAAUGAAAGCAGUUGAUUAUGCUCACCCUGUUAUUAUAGUACAUGAUAAAGCUUGGCGAAAUAUUCUCUUGUAUCAAAAUAGAGUGAUCUCUCGUACAUAGUGUGGCCCAAUAAUGUAAAGUAACAAAGUGCAACACGCUGCCUUGCUAAACAAUACAAGUACAAAAUGAAUACAAAUACACUAAAAAAAAAAAAAAA